AUGGCCCUAUAUGGUACUUCUGACGCCCUCAUGUGCAGGGUGAUCCCCACCUCGCUCCGAGGCCCAGCUCGGAUGUGGUACAACCGUCUCAGACCGGCCUCGAUUGCUUCUUUCAACCAACUUGCCAAAGAGUUCGAGCUCAACUUCAUGGCCAGUGUGCGACUAAGGCCAUCCGCGGCUCUGCUUCUCGAUCUUAGCCAAAAGGACGACGAGCCACUUUCUCAUUUUGUGACACGUUUUGCUAUUGAAAUCUGGGGGCUGCCCGACACUCACCCUUCCUUAAUAAUGCAUGCCUUUCUAAUGGGAAUCCCUUCUAGGUUCUUCUGGUUGCUGGUCGAGCGACCUCCUACAACCAUCCCCAAAAUGCUUCAACGAGCCAACCAAUAUGUGGCCACCGAAGCAUUGGUGGCGGGAAAGCGGGAGGAGAAUAAGAGGUCGCGACUAAAACCGACUCGAGGGGAGAGAGGACUCUUGAAGGCCCCAAACCUGAUGAAGGCACCGCGCGAGCUCACAGACCAUUCAAAGUACUGCCAGUUUCAUUACGAUUAUGGACAUAACACCGAGGAAUGUUGCGACCUCAAGAAUCAAACUGAAGAACUCAUACGCCGGGGGCAUCUAGGACACUACAUUAGGAGGCCAUGCAAAAGGUCUCCUUAUCCCUCCAGGCCAGUCGAGAAGCAAACUGACAUGAUCAGUGGCAGUCCGACGGCAGGAGGAGAUAACAUGGUGGGACGAAAGGCUUAUGCCCAAGCAGCCAUAGAGAAGAGCUUGAGGCAACCCCAAGUGCCCGAGAUCACCUUCUCGACAAGAGAGACCGAAUACCCGGAGCAUGACGAUGCGCUAGUCAUCUUGGCCAGGAUCGCCAAUGCUCGGGUUAAAAGGAUUAUGGUGGACACCGGGAGCUCCGCCAAUAUCCUAUACUUUGGUGACUUCCAAAAACUCAGCCUAACCAAGGAAGACCUCGCCCCGAGUCAAUCGGCACUCACCAGAUUUACAGGGGAUUCCAUCUCGUCCCUCAGCACGACAGUCCUACCGGUCACCCUGGGCGAGGGCCCGUAG